AUGUCCGGGCUGAACCUUUCUCAAGUUCCAAAGAAACCAAGAGAAUGGCCUUCGAGCAGGAGUGGUAGUUCUGCCAAUAAGAACAAGAAUCAAGUUGCGACAAGACACAAGCAUCGAGAGAGAGAAUUGAAACCGUUGAAGAACAAGUUAAAAUCUGGCAUUCGUACCAAAGAAGGAAGUCACAGUACUAAGAACAGUAAAGCUAUCCUUGAAGCACAGCACAAUCUAUGUUUCCAACAGAUUGGGAAUGAGAUGAAAGCUGAUUAUGAAGAGCACAACAACGCUAUUCUGAUCGCUCGUUGCAUGAUGCAGAUCAAGGCCAAGUUCGAUACUGAUGAAGGUCUGAACUUCAUUCAACAGUAUUACAUCAAUCAAGGACUGAGGAAAUUUGGUGAUGAUGGAAAGGAUGCUGUGAAUAAGGAAUUGAGACAAAUGCUCCUGAGAGAUUGUUUUACUCCCGAAUUUGUUAAAGACAUGACCAUCACCCAAUGGCGCAAUGAAGGCUGUGAAGUAAUUUUGGGGGUCGACGCCAAUGAGGACAUCAGCUCAACAAAGUCUUCUUCCUUUCGCCAACGUCUUUGUGAUGUCGGUAUGGAAGAAGCUAUCCUCCAACGGCACUCCGGUCGAACGGCCGCCACUCAGCACCGGAACAAAAGGGGCAAACCGAUUGACGGCAUUUUCACAACUUCUGGGGUGGCUGUACAGGCAGGAGGUUACGACAACUUUGAUGAGUUUUUCUCCUGCGACCAUUGUGGUAUUUGGAUUGAUAUCGACCUGAAGAAAUCUUUGGGAGGGUACAAACCACAGAAGACCCCGUACAAACCCCGCAAACUUACUAUGUUGGAUACUACAGCAGUCCACCGCUACCUGCAGCUUGUUCACAAGGGCUACGAGGAAUACUCCAUCUCAUCUCGAUUGGAGUCCUUACACCACCAACUACAACUAAAUGAAGGGACCAUGACAGCAAAGAUGGGUCGUCAUUAUAAUUGCCUGCACCACCAGAUGUACGUCGUAAGGCGAAAUGCGGAGGAGAAAUGUAGACGGGUCACUAAUGGAUCGGUGCCUUGGUCUCCUAAGAUGCAACAGUUUUGGGACCGCCAAUCCUUGUGGAAGAUUCUUUUGAAGGGGAGGAAGGUUUGCCGGGUGAGUUCGUGUAAAAUCCGCAGAUUGAUGAAGAAGGUUGAGACACCGGACGCGUGGAAGAAGACGACAACGGAAUUGGAGGCCGCCUUCCGUCAGGACCGUAAGGAAUACCUCAAGGCUAAGACCCAUUAUUAUGCUGUGAAGUGGCGCAAGGAAUUCUUGACUGUGCAGGCGGCGAAGUCCAAGAAGAAACAAUGGCGGUCGCAAAAGGCCGGAGAUCGUUUCCUGAGGUUACGUCGGAUGAAGCAACGGGAGGAGGCAAGACGCCGCGCCCAGGCAAAAGGAUCUACUGGGGGGGUCACAAGCGAUUCAAGUUGA